AUGACCUCCAACGCAGCCUCGGCCGCAGAACAGUCCUCACGCCAGGCCGAAAAGGAAAUCGACGUUUCCUGUGUGAGGUACCCUGCAAACUACUUCGCUUUGGAAAUUGGGACCGCCAUUUGGGGGCCGAAAUACAAUGACAAGCUCGAUGUCGUUGGAUACUUUGAGCCUCGCGACAAUCACGCGACGCACCUAGAAGCACGCGGCAAAAUGUUCAGUCUCGAGGCCUCCAAGCAGGAAGACUUCUUCAAAAAGAUUGUCGAUAUCAAGAACACUUUACGGAAAUCGGGCUACCACCACACCAACAUCGGUAUCAUCUCGGACGUUUGGAACAAACUCGUGGACGAAAAUUUUUUAUCUGCCCAGCAACGUCAGCAAGGGCUGAAAGGGCUUGAGAAAGCGGGAUUUCCCACAGGAUACCUCAAGUCCUAG